GGGCUGUGCUGUGCUGUGUCAGGGCUGGUGGUGGUGGUGGUGGUGCAGACAUGACUGUGAGCCUUCUCCUCCUGAGCUGCUCUCUGCUCUGGGGGUCCUCUGCCUGGAGUGGGGUCUCCAUGGCCGCCGACAACACGGGGACGGACUCGCUCCCCGACACCAUCCCCUUCGAGUAUCACCGCUACCCGGAGCUGCGGGAGGCGCUGGUCGGUGUGUGGCUGCAGUGUCCGAGCAUCAGCCGCAUCUACACGGUGGGCAGGAGCUUCGAGGGGCGAGAGCUGCUGGUCAUCGAGAUGUCAGACCAGCCGGGCAGCCACCAAGCAGGGGAGCCAGAAGUUAAAUACAUUGGAAACAUGCACGGGAAUGAGGCGGUAGGACGAGAGCUCCUGGUUUUCCUGGCCCAAUACCUGUGUAACGAAUAUCAGAAAGGAAAUGAAACCAUUAUCAAUCUAAUUCACAGCACGCGGAUACACAUCAUGCCGUCCAUGAACCCUGAUGGGUUUGAGAAAGCCGCCUCUCAGACAGGUAAUCUGAAGGACUGGCUUGUUGGUCGCAGCAAUGCCCAAGGAAUAGACCUCAACAGAAAUUUCCCAGAUCUGGACCGAAUUGCCUACGUGUAUGAAAGGGAAGGGGGGCCCAACAAUCACCUGCUGAAAAACAUGAAGGUUGCUGUGGACAAAAAUACCAGGCUUGCACCAGAGACCAAAGCUGUUAUUCAUUGGAUCAUGGAUAUCCCAUUUGUCCUCUCAGCAAACCUUCACGGUGGUGAUAUUGUUGCAAACUUUCCCUAUGAUGAAACUCGCUCUGGUUCCAUUCACGAGUACAGUGCGUGCCCUGAUGAUACCAUUUUUAAAAGCCUGGCAGGGGAGUAUGCCACUUUCAAUCCUGUCAUGUCCAACCCCAAACGACCCCCGUGCCAUUCAAAUGACGACGACAGCAGCUUUGUGGAUGGAACAACCAAUGGAGGAGCUUGGUACAGCGUCCCAGGAGGUAUGCAGGAUUUCAACUACCUCAGCAGCAAUUGCUUUGAGAUUACAGUGGAGCUGAGUUGCGAGAAGUUCCCACCAGAGGACACACUGCCACAAUACUGGAAGGACAAUAAAAACUCCCUCAUUAAUUAUAUUGAACAGGUGCACCGCGGGGUCAAAGGCUUUGUCCGGGAUCACCAGGGCAACCCACUCUCUAAUGCCUCCAUUUCUGUGGAAGGCAUAGAUCAUGACAUCACAUCUGCAAAGGACGGUGAUUACUGGAGAUUGUUGGCCCCCGGAAACUAUAAAAUCACAGCUUCUGCCCCAGGCUUCCUAGCAAUAACCAAAAAAGUGGCUGUUCCUUUUAGCCCUGUUGUGGUGGUCAACUUUGCUCUGGAGUCUUUUGCCGAAAGAAAAGAAGAGGAGAAGGAAGAAAUGUUGCAGUGGUGGAAGAUGAUGUCGCAAACGCUGAACUUCUAAAGAAAAGGAAUUUGUUCCUUUUCAGUCGUGUGCUUCGUAGGAGACGUGUGGCAUCUCAAAUUUUUUAGUCAUUUAAUUAUUUAUGUUUCCCUGUUUCCAUGUGUUUGAAUAUGACUUGAAUCCAGGGAUUUAGGAGGUGAUGGUGACAUGUGAGGUGAACAAUGUGAUGUCCCUCCAGUUAAAAUCAUGCCGUUGUUCAGCUGGUCUGUAGGUUGCCAUUCAGUAGGGAUUCCAGGUUGACUGAUAGAAUCAAAUAUCAAUUCACACUAGCCCCUUCAUGUGUUCUCUGCAGUUGCUUUGUUACCAUUGCCCCAUGUUUCUACCUUUAUAUUUUUUAUUUUAAGUGAUGUUUUCUAACCUAAAAAUAUCAUGGUGUUUUCCUUCCUUCCCUCCCAACACCCCUCCACCUUAAUAAGUGGUGGGAUGUACAUGAUAAGUGAAGUGUGCAUGGCCUUCUCUUGUUUAUGUAGAUUAUCUUUGAAAAUAUUCUAAGUUUAUUUGUAGUGACAAAGCAGGGUGAUUCUCACCCUUGAUGUGAUUUGAAAAUUUGCUGAUCAUUCUUGAGCAUUCCAACUAUUCAGCUAAGUCCAGAAGGCAUUGGUAUCAAACCAAAGGGCUCUUUGGGUUUCAAAUUAAAAAAAAUAUAUCCUUAUUAGAAGUUUGGUUUAAAUGUAUCAAAAGUAUCACUGUAAGAGGCCAUCAGAAGUUUUACAUUAAGUUCAAACUGAACCCACAUUGAAGUAGGUUAUUAUCAAUUAUUUUACAAUUGAGCUGAUCAGAGUGAUUUUUUUAAUACCCAAGAUUUCUGAGUGCGAGAACCCUUUUUAUCACAUCAGUACCAAGUUAUAUGAUGCACAUUUCUACACUGGGAUACAUGGUAUGAAAGGAAAGAAAAAGCACGAUAACCAUCUCCGGCCUGACACAGUAACCCUGCAGUGAUUUCUGAUUUAGUUCGCUAUACCAAGUGGAGACAGAAUACCCAAACAUGUUUCACAAAUUCUCUAGCAAGAAGUAGCUGUAGAAAUUGACAGUCCGUUGUUGCUGUGAUAACAUGGUAUCACUAUAAGAGGGAGGAUCUUAGUAAAAAUGAAAGGCUGAAUACCUACAAGUGGGAUCUUAACCUGAAGUUUACAUCCAUAUCCGCAAACAAUCUCCAGAGUGAAAGAUGUAAUAAUUCAUAACACAUUUAAUGUGAUCAUCAGGACAUUGAAUCCAUUAGCAAAACGUUGCAUUUUUCACCCCUUCUGUGUCAUAUGUACAGCUUCAGUUGCAUGGAAAGGUUUUAAACCAGGGUCAAACAUGGAUACAUUUGGAUGUUUAAAAACCACAGCAUCUGCACUCCCAUUUACUACAAGUAAGCGAAAACUACUGAAAGAACAUAUAUCAUAAAUUGACUGAAUGUAAAAGUGUUAAAAGUCUGCACAUCGACACUACAACACUAUUGCCAUGUUCUCUAAAGUACAUUUUAUAAUGAACUGAAUAGAAAUAACAAUGCCACAAAACCUGAUCCACGGGCUUUUGGCUGUGGUCCACUUAAAUCUGUGUGUUGUCACAAUAUCCUCGAAUUGUCCAAUGUCAACUCAUAACUUCAAAGAAUUGUGAUGUGAAGCCAUUACACAGAAUCAUCUUACUGUAUUAUACAAUGAAGAGAUGUAGUACAAUAUAUUGUUUCUGGACACUAUCUUGUUCUGUUACCUCAGAAAUAGCUGAGAAAACAAAUCGGCAUAUGUUCACGUCCUUAUAGCACAAAAUAUACUGAGCUGUCACUGUUGUGUUUUGCUAUUUCUUGUGUUUGUGAUAAAGAUAAAAUGUUACCCUGUA